AUGCCUCUCUCCUACCCCGCCUUAAAAUGUGUUCUGGAGAACGUGGAAGCAGUUAAACGAGUGAAUUCGUUGAAUCCAACAAUCAAUCAAUACUUUGAACCAGCUCUUCCGCUGAUCCAUUCAGAUAGUUUUCCUCUCAAGACCCUCAAGACUACAGUAAUCGGACUGGAUACCUACGCCCAUCCAGUUAUAAUGCAUGCUGAGACCCUCAUCUUAAUAAUUAACACAUUCAACGAGGCUAUCUCAUUGAGCAAUAUCAAAAAUCUUGCCAACAAGACAGUGAUAGUCGAUGAACAAUGUAAUACGUCAAUGGAAUACAAUAUUUUUGAAUUGGUCAAGUGUCUAAGGAAUGGUCAGAAGCCUAUUGGGACCACUUAUAUAUUCUCGUCCUACUUUGCUGAUAUCAAGAAUUUAUUGUCUAAAAUGUUUAUGGCAUGGAGGAGAUUUAGUGACCAAUUGAAUGAUAUGGAAGAGAGCAGAUUCAUCCCUGAUGCGCCGCGCUUCUCCAUCCCUAUGGAUGACGUUGAAGAUUCCAGAAGGAUUAUUGCGUAUGGAGUUGAGGCGGAAACGGAAAGAGCAGGGCAACAAUGGAAAGUAGUGAUCAAGGUUGUCUCGUCAAUUUGA